AUGUCCCGCCUAGUCACGUUACGGUACAACCCGGACAAAUGGCAUGAGGCCCAGCUCAACAGAGGGUCAGACCUGUCGGCGCAGAAUCUGCCGUCGAAAAUGAUCACACUCAACUACCGCAAGGAACGACUGUCAACGCCGACGCCGGCACUUUCGCCAGUACCAUGGCUUUUCAAAAAACGAGAAGAGAAAGCCAGGCGACCCAAGCACGACGAGAACGAGCCUUUCCUUGUACGCCCUGUUGCCGAGUCAUUGGCUCGUCUUCGAAACUACGAAAGCUACAUUGAUCCAGAAGAUCCCCUACAAGCCGACAAAAACUGGUAUCACGACCUCACCAACGUCGCGCAGCGGCUCAAGCUUCUACGAGACACAUACAAGGUUCUUCAGGCAGUGAGGAAAAAAAGAGCCAUGGGCGAGAGAGUCGAUUUCCGCACGGCGCACGAGCUCAAGUCGAAAACCGGGCUGCCUGUUCCUCUGGAUGACGACCGAGAGAGAAAUAGUGAAGAAGAUAAACCACCGCCUCCGCCGCCAGCACGCAGAGGGUUCAGUCACGAUGAAAGUCUGUUGACCACGGUUGGCUUGGCGUCUCUGAGCCAACCGCUCGCGAGCAACGAGAUCAUGGUGCCUGAAAUAAUGCCUCGAAUGGCUGCGAAACAGGCGGGGCAGGACCUGGGUGCGAACUUGGCUCCUGGCGCUGGCGAGUCGCAGACUGACCAGGAUUUGAUGAGUGGACUAGGCCAGGAAUUGGGCCAGCGCUUGACACAGGAAUUGACCCAGGCGCUGUUCCCAGAAUCUGGGAGCCAGGAACAAGGAAGCCAGGGCCAAUUCGCCAAUAGCAGCCAAGCACCGUCGUACGCUCAAUGGAGCGAGUGGCAGAACAAUCCGGUAAAUCAGGGUGUCCAGUUGGACGAAUACCUUGCACACGGCUACGCAGAGCCGAGCUCGCUUUCAGAACUGACAGUGUCGAUCAUUGAGAAUCUCAAGCGCAGGAACCCUUCUGGCCUGGUGCUCGCCUCGCUAUACAAUAGACCGGGCGGGCUCAAUUUUCUGCCGCAAUGGGCCGCCCAGAACAACUAUCAGGGUGACGAACACCAGCCUCAACUGGACCCUUCGUCCGAUCUCCAAGGCCCUCAACCGUCCUCAGGGCCCCAAACCCAGUGA